AUGAUCAAUUUUCCUAUUUUUGAUGAGAAUUUGAGUGAAGAGUUUGUUGACGAAAAUGUAUCAGCCUCUUCAAUAAACACCUCUCCAAAUUUGGAGAAGAACAUGACUGGAAGCCAAUUCCAUUUUAGUAAGGAGAUGACUCGCAAGCUCAAAGCUCAACCAUGCUUGAAAGCCAAUACUAGGGGUUCUUUUCCAUCAAUGGAUGAUGCUGUCCUAGGACUUCAGAAGUGUCCUAUUUUCAAGAAAUACGACAGACCAAGGAGGAUAAUCAAAAAAAAGACUGAAAUCAAAAACUUGCUUCAAAAGGCAACUAAAGUCGAAAAUUUACCCAAGAGAGUUUUUGAAUCGAAAGGUUAUACGCAAAAAUCAAAAGUUUUAACUCAAGAUUUCUCCAAUAACUUCAAAAGGGCAGUGACCAUGAGUGAUAUCGAUGCUCCUGACUGCUUUGAAGCUUAA